CUCUGCAGCUCUCGGAGUCCCGGCCAGCUCCCCACCGGAGGGGCGGGAGAGGACAGGGCACCAUAUCCCGCCCAGGCUCUGCCGAGCCCGGGGCGCGGACACCGCAUGGUGAGAGCGAAGGGAGCGACCGCCGCCGGCCCGGCCGGGGCUUCCCGAGCUGCCGGAGGUCCUGGGAGUCGGCCCCCGCUGUCCUCUUCGCUUUGCCGGAGAUGCUGGAGGCCUCUGACCUGCUGACACCUGUGCCAGGCUGCCACUGAGGAACUGUACAUGACAGAACCCGAGGUCUGUAUGGAAUACACGGAAUACAAAAUUCCAGAGCACAGCUAUCAAGCUCACAUCCCAUGGUGUCCCUAUUUCCUCUGCCCAUGUGUCCUGCUUCCAAGGACCCAUCCAUCUCAACACCAGCCAUUUUUCUGGAAAUGAAAAUCACAAAGAAAUCCAACACAUUUUCAUCCAGAAGUGAAAACCAAGAGUGACUUUCCAAGGCCUGGACAUCGGCCCCGAUUUUCAUUCUGUGGGCCUAUGAAAAAGAUGUCAAAAAACACAAUGGAGAACUCAACCAGCCCUCACUCAGCUCUUCUAGGCCUGUUCCUGGGAAGCAUUUCACUAGUCACUAUUGUCAUGAAUAUAUUAGUACUAUGUGCUGUGAAAACUGAGAAGAAGCUGCAGACAGUUGGCAAUUUAUACAUUGUCAGCCUAUCUAUUGCAGAUCUUAUAGUUGGUGCAGCUGUUAUGCCCUUGAAUAUUGUCUAUCUUCUAAGUCCAGUGUGGCCUCUGGGUUUACCAGCCUGUUUGUUCUGGCUGUCCAUGGACUACGUGGCCAGCACUGCCUCCAUUUUCAACCUCUUCAUACUGUGCAUCGACCGUUACCGGUCAGUUCAGCAACCACUAAAAUAUCUCAAGUACCGAACAAAAAUGAGAGCAUCGCUCAUGAUUUUGGGGAUCUGGUUGCUCUCUUUCAUGUGGGUCAUUCCAAUCCUAGGAUGGCACGUUUUUGCUAAUAAUGGGGAAAGGAAAGUAAAGAAAAACAAGUGUGAAACUGAAUUCUCUGAGGUCACCUGGUUCAAAGUGUUGACAGCCAUUGUCAAUUUCUACCUCCCCUCUAUCUUGAUGUUGUGGUUCUAUUAUAAAAUAUUCAGAGCUGUUCGAAAACACUGCCAACACCGAGAGCUCAUCAAUGGAUCAUAUUGGUCUUCCUCAAACAAAAACUUCAUACAGGAUAACAAGAUGAAGGAAGAGCAAAAUAUUUGCCUCCACAAGCAGAUCUUAGAUGAGAACACCCCACCCAAAGACAUGCAAAGCUCCCCACAGCCCAAAAAUGUGGAGACAGAGCUUCAUUUCAGUAAUCCUGACAAGUCUUCAAAGGCAUUUGAUGGCAAGAGUAAUGGGAAAGUCUUUAAAUGGAGAUGUUUUCCUUUCAGCACUGCCCAGUUUGAGCGAGGCCUGGAUAAAGCAGGAAAGAACUACAUGUGUACAAUGAAGGAGAAUGCAAAUGAGAAGGAGCCUUGCUCACAAGACAGUGACGCAAGUGUUGCAUCAGACAACCAUACUUUCCCUGAGGUGGUACCAUGUGGAGAGAAUUCCAGUCCUAACUCAGAAAGAGCCUGCAGUGCUCAGGAAAAGACUGAGAAAAGGGAUUUCAGAGGACUGACUUACCUGAGGAAAACCUGGCAAAGUCUCCAUACCCAUUACAAAGGGAACAUUCAAGGACUGCAUGGGAACAGGGAGAGGAAAGCAGCAAAGCAGUUAGGGGUCAUAAUGGCAGCCUUCAUGCUGUGCUGGAUUCCCUAUUUUGUAUCAUUUAUGGUAAUAGCAUUUCAUGACCAUGAACAGUUUUCAAACUUACAUAUGGUCACUAUAUGGCUCGGCUAUGUGAACUCCACCUUAAAUCCAUUCCUGUAUCCUCUUUGUAACCAGAAUUUCAAGAAGACAUUCAAAAAGAUCCUUCACAUUCAUUGAUAUUCCUCUGAAUUUUUGAGCUCAAAAGCAGCUCAAGAGGUCAAACAAACAUAAUCUUCCAGUCUCAAAAAAAAACACCAAAAAGUUGUAAUUUAUAAAAAAGUGUUAGUAAAAGUGGGAAAUAUGCAUGUAACAGUUUUAACACAUUUGAAGAGAGGUACUUCAGAUCAGGAAUCUAAAAAACUCAUGGUCAACCUCCAAACUGUUAGACUGUUGUAAACCAUUUACAAUUUGAGAUGACCUCUUUCAUCACAUAGAACAAAACUGGAGGUAUAAAUAGAGAUCUUCAGCGAUUAUAAAUGAUUCAGCUACAGAAAAGGAAGAAAUAGAAUAACACUUCUGUGAUUGGCCAAAUAUAUUGUUUCAACUUACUCCAUUAAAACACAGGUACACACUGCUUGGGAAGUGGGAUUUGCAAGUGGAGGUAUUCUGCAUAGUCAAAGAAAGAACUUUCAACUGUUUAAGAAAAUCUAAGGUAUUUAUUUAUAGCUUCCCCAAAAAUCAUAAACUUUUUAUGAAAUGUCAAGUCAUAUCGUACCCUAAUGUAUCUCUUUGAUAUCAUGUUUGUUCCUUUUAUACCUGUACACUGACUUUGCUGAAAACAAUAGUACUUUUAUGUCCUAUAAAUUUUGCUAAGACUUUCCAUGCUGUCACUAUCUAUUCAAGAACAGUGUGAUGCUCUUUCUAGGCUUGCAGUUGAUUAUACAUGAAGUAUGUUUACCUUUUCUUUCCUUUAUAUUUAAUUACAUUUUAUAAAUCUUAUUGUAAAUGCUGUAAAAUAUUUCAGAAAAAACUCACAAUAACAGAAUAGUCUGUGUUUGAAGAGAUCUCAAAAAAAAGAAGCUACAGCUGAAAUCUGGGCUGGCUUUUACAUUACAUGAUGUUGCUCAGGGCCUUUACCCACAAUCAUAGAAUCAAUCCGGUUGGAAAAGACCUCCGAGAUCAUCAAGUCCAACCUUUGAAUGACAAACAUCUGUAAAACCAGCUUCACGUGGAAAAGCUGGGAUGCAGCCUUGACAGAGGAGUUUGUGGAUAAGGUUCAUUCCAUCAACUCUGAGCAUGCACUUUCUCAGCCACUGAUUUAAACUGUUUCAAAGUACUGACCAAUUCUCAGAACCAGACAGGCCCUGUUACACAGCAGGAAUCAAUCCCCUCUUCAUAAGUUCAGUCAAGUAUAGAUUAGUUCCCAAAGGAAGAACACACAGUCCCCCAGCAUAGAAUGGUUUAGGUUGAAAAGGAUCUUAAAGACCACCUUGUUUCAAGCCCCUGCCCUGGGCAGGGACACCUUCCACCAGCCCAGGUUGCUCCAAGCCCUGUCCAGCCUGGCCUUGGACACUCCCAGGGAUGGGGCAGCCACAACUUCUCUGGGCAACCUGUGCCAGGGCCUCACUACCCUCAUGGGGAAGAAUUUCUUCCUUAUAUCUGAUUUAAAUCUACCCUCUAUCAACUCAAAGCACGGUACACAGUGGCACAUAUCAUAUGAGCCAACUUAUCAGGGAGCUUGCAACUUCACAGAACAAUGACACCAAAUUAAAGCAGAGUGUACAGACUGGAGAGCAAGGGGAGAACUGAGGCAGGUGAUGUCUCAGGCCCUGGAUUAGCCAAGUAUCACAAGACACAACAGCAUCUUGUUUGUGGCACACCACAAAGUAAAGCUUUCAUUCCUGUUCUGCUGCUAGGAACAAGAGAUGCUUCUCUACAUGAGAGAAGCAUUUUAAGCAAACACUGCAGAGUAUGUUAGUUUUAGGAGAAAUCCCAGAACCAGAUAACUUCAACAGGUAAAGUCACAUUUGCAUGUCAUGGUGAGUUUAUAUACAUCUAUCCCAUAUAUUUUAGGAAGGAUGAUUAGAGAGGCAACCUGAAGGUUCCAAGUAAAAAGAAUUUCCUCCGAUUCAUUUUGUUGUGAUGAUGUUUUCAUCACAACUGAAUGUUUUCUUGCUUCUGAAAUUGCUGAGUUAGCUUAACAACAAAGUUCUGAUUGCACUUGGCCUCCUUCAACUGACUAUUGUACAGAGUUUGGUGGGACAUUCUGUGUAAUAUCCUUAUUACACCAGAAGCAAAAAAUGGUAGUUUAAUGGUAGGAGGAGAAAUUCUUAAACCUGUGUUCUUAAUUAAAGGUCUUGAGCUACUUAGAGUCACUCUGUGCCUAUUUCGUAAAGUGAAUAUGACAAGACUUACAGUAACAGUGCAACACUUAGGAUAAUGUGUGAAUGAUGCUCAUAAAUGCUGGAUAUAAUACUCUAACAAAAUUCAAAGUAUUAUUAUCCUCUGUCAACACCUCAGUGUUAAUAGUUGUAUUUAAAAUAUUCAAUAUUAAAUGAAGCCCUAAUAUACCUACAUUUUAAUAAAUUGGAAAAAUUUGUUAAAGGAAUAAACUUAAAUUCAGUCUAUUUCAAUGUAUCAUACAAGGUUCAGAGAGUAAUUGACUUUGGUUUCAAGUUGCAUGCAGGAAAAAUUGCAUUUAGGGAACUUCAGUCUAGGAGAAAUAAAGUCAAAAUGCAGAGACAAUAUAAAAGCAACAAAAUUUAUACCAGAAUUCAGACAACUUUCACUGCAGGAGGAACAUCUGCACAAGUAAUAAAAUACACGUGCUUUUGGAGUACAGAACACCAUCUUUUGAAACAUAUGCUCUAAUCCCAUGGCGUUGCACAAACAUUUGCACAGAUUCACAGCCAUUAUGUUUUUUUUUCCUAUUGUGACAUGCAACAGCAAUUGUAGCCAAAAUGGAUGGUAAUUUAGAUGAUCCCUGAGGAAAUAAAAAGGCAGCACACUAAGUCAGCUACAGUUAUUACUGUACAUUGCUGAAACAUAUUUACCCAAGGGCUAGUCAGAGUUAUCAAGAAGUUUGUCUUCUUGAUCAUGGCAAUUGUCUUUUCUGACGUUAAAAUGUACUAAUACACAACAAAACAACAAAAUCAAGAUAACUGAAAAUUUUUCUAAAAAUUCA